AUUGAAAGCAAGAAAAUUCACAGUUUUCAAAUGAUGAAAAACGGUAGGUUCACGUGUGCAAACGAUGUCCCUUGUAGGGCAACAUUUGCAUUGUUUUUUAGCAACAAAAUAGAUUGCGUGACUGCCCUUCACAACCAGUUUCAUAACACAUGUUUUUUUGCAAUGUUGUUUUCCAAUUCUGCUGCUUGUUGCCUCAAGUGUCCUUAGCUGGAAGCAUCCCAAAUCUGGGAUUCAAUCCAUGUAUGUCUUGCAUUGCUGGCGCAUUGUCCGCGAUUGACAGCUGGUCGCAUCAUCACAUUGUUUUCUUUCUGCAAUAUUUCGUUGUAGCUUUGGCACAAAGCUUGCCUCUCUCAGCAUUGGGUUUGAUUCUCCAGAUUGAUUUAGAUGGACGAGCUCAUCCAGAGGAGGUCAACACCUUCUAUGCGAAUGCGCUCUUAGUACCUGCGCUUUUCAAACCUAUGCCAGGCCUGCUGUCUGAUUCGCUUCGAUUGAGGGGCAUUGGCAGGCGGCCAGUUUUGGUAUUCAUCCAGAUCUUGUGGUGCGCGGCGCUUGUACAGGCUGCAAAUUCUAGGUCGCGUAGCAGUUAUUUUGUUUUUUACAGUGCCCUUGCAUUGUGUUGCGGCGCAGCAGAAGCCGUGCUUGACGGUGCUUCUGUUGAAUUGAUGCAAGAAUUGGAGCUCAGCGGAGCAGAGGUGCAGGCUACAUCCUUUGCCUUCAAGACAGCAGGCAGCUUGGUGGCCCGCAUGGCAAGCCCACUGACAUUGGCAGCAUUUAGUAGUCAUCAUACUGCUGCGAAAGUAUGUGUCGUGGCUCCACUUGCAGCAGUAGGAAUCUCUAUGUGUGCAUCUUUUCCGGCCAUCCGGCGGGCAGACCGGGGAGCAUCAUCAGGCGUUCCAUGGUGCUGGCAAUCAGGCGUUUUAGCAGGUGCAUUUUUCCUUUUUAUCCGAGGUGCAGUUCCAACUGAGGAGGACACCUUCGCAAGCUUUAUCUCUACGAAGGUGAGUGGAGUCUGGGUUGGAAUCAGAAAUGCCAGCGGCAGCCUUGGUGGCUUCGCAGCGCUAUGCUGCUUUCAGGCGUUGCCUGUGGAGAUCACAAAGAAUUUGCGGCUGACGAUCCUCAUCACAACAUGCCAAGCCGUGUUGGUUGGAGGAGGGCUACGCCUUUUCUUGUCAACAGUAGACCUCAGCAGUUUUCCAUGGCUGUAUGCACUCUGCACAGCCUUGGGAGGUGCAGCGGACAGCUUGGCAUUUUUGCCGAACCUUGCGAUUUGUGCCGACUGCGCACCGAAGGACUUUGGAGCACUGGGCUUUGCUGUGCUAAGUCUCUUUCUCGACCUUGGAGAUCAGGUUUCCUCUAGGCUUGCAGCUCUGCUGACGGAGGCGUACCACAUCGGCAAUGGCAAGGAUGGGGUUCUAAAACUGUCAAUCAAGCUUGUGAAAGGACCGCUCUUGGGCUCAUCUUGGCAGCUAUGUGGUGCUUUGUCGCCUUUUCAUGCUGCUCCCGCUAUGUCUUCUGCUUCUUCCAGGCUUUGGCCGCAAAGGCACCAGCUAUGCAACGGAUAAUAGCAGCCAGGUACCAAGCGGCAUUCAAGCUGCUGAGAAUACAGUUGGGGAGAGCCCCAGAAGCUUUGAUGCCCAACAUGGAGCCCUGCAGAGCUGAGAAGGAGAAGGCUUAGAGAUGCAGAGAACGAUUAUCGAAAAGGGCUUUCAA